UUUACUUCUUUUGAUCACCCGAAAACCCUAGUCUUUGUGCUCACACACUCUUUCAGAGGCGGCUCUCCCUGCCCUGAUUUUCGAACGGUUCGUACAGUUAAUACAAAGUUUCAUAUUUGGGAGUCCGCGUUUUACUUUUCCGUACUAUCCCGACAUCUCGGCAACUAUGGUGAGAGUCAGUGUUCUGAAUGAUGCUCUUAAGAGCAUGUAUAAUGCUGAGAAAAGGGGAAAGCGUCAGGUCAUGAUCAGACCAUCCUCCAAAGUUAUCAUUAAGUUUCUUCUGGUUAUGCAGAAGCAUGGUUACAUUGGAGAAUUUGAAUAUGUUGAUGAUCAUAGAGCUGGCAAGAUUGUUGUUGAACUGAAUGGGAGGCUGAACAAGUGUGGUGUUAUCAGUCCUCGUUUUGAUGUUGGUGUCAAAGAGAUUGAAGGUUGGACUGCCAGGUUGCUUCCAUCAAGACAGUUUGGUUACAUUGUGCUGACAACUUCUGCUGGCAUCAUGGACCAUGAAGAGGCCAGAAGGAAGAAUGUUGGUGGUAAAGUGCUUGGUUUCUUUUACUAGGCUGAGUUUACAUCGACGAUGGGAUUUAAGUUUUGCUUUUUAGAUUUUGAUGUACUUUGGAAGAAAUUGUUUACCAGUGGAUUAGCUUUUUGGUUUUGCUUGAUUUAAUUAUGAAUUUUAAAUGCCAUUUAGUAGUUAUUGUCAUUAUUAGUUGAAGAUAAAUUAUGUUAUGUGUUCAUACAUUUAUCCAUUAGCAAGUGAUGUGGUUGUCAAUUUUCAUAAA